AUGGCCGCUCGCCUGCUGCACGCUCGAAUCUCCUCCUUUGCGGCUCAGAGGGCCAUGUCGACCUCGGCCGCCGCUCCGUCGGCCUCGACGUCAAAGUGGAGCCGGUUCGUGAUGCCGAUUGACCCUGCGCACCUGCCAAAGGGCUUUGUCGUCUCGUCGACCUAUGCCGGCAUCAAGGCCGCCAUCAGCCCCAAGCCAGUGCCAGACGCAUCCGCCUCUGCCUCUACGACGACCAAGGUCAGCCCGAAACCGGACCUCGCGCUGAUCGUCUCUUCCAAGCCCGCCGCAGCGGCCGGCACCUUCACCCGCAACGUCUUCAAGGCCGCCCCGGUCGUCGUCUCGUCGCAGGUGCUGCUGGACGGCGCAAAGACGCCAGAGGGCCCGCGCAUCAAGUCGAUCCUGGUCAACAGCGGCUGCGCCAACGCCGUCACGGGCGAGCAGGGCAUGAAGGAUGCCGUCGAGUGCAGCGACCUCGUCGCGGACGCCCUCUCGCCCGCCCUGUCGAGGUCCGAGGGCGAUGCGGAGAAGAAGAAGAAGAAGAAGGAGGAGACGCUCCUGCUGUCGACCGGCGUGAUUGGCGUGCCGCUGCCGAUGCAGGCGAUCCGCAAGUGUAUCCCGCACCUGACGAGCGGCAAUGUGCUGACGGGCGACAAGGACGCCUGGCUCGAGACGGCGAGGGCGUUUAUGACGACCGACACGUUUCCCAAGCUGCGGGCCAGGUCGUUUGAGCUGGCGGGCCGGAAGUGCAGCAUCGUCGGCAUCGACAAGGGAGCAGGAAUGAUCCACCCCGCGAUGUCGGGCCCUUCGACGACGCUGCACGCCACGCUCCUCGGGCUGCUGGCCACCGACGCCCCCGUCCACCCGUCCGCGCUGCAGAGUGCGCUCGAGCAUGCCGUCUCGCGCUCGUUCAACUGCAUCAGCGUCGACGGAGACAUGUCGACCAACGACACGAUCCUCCUCCUCGCCAACGGCCUGGCCCCGCGCUCGUCGUCGUCGGCUGCGUCAGGCGGAGAGCAGGUCAAGCCCGGCGACGAGAUCACCGAAGCGAGCCAUCCGCAGUCCUACGAGGCCUUCAAGCGGGAGCUGACCGACUUCUGCAAGGAGAUCGCCCAUCUCAUCGUGCGCGACGGCGAGGGGGCGGAAAAGUUUGUCGAGAUCAAGGUCAAGAAUGCACCGAGCUACGAGACGGCCCACGCGAUCGCAUCGAGCAUCUCCACGUCUUCGUUGGUCAAGUGCGCCCUGCACGGCGGCGACGCCAACUGGGGCCGCAUCCUUUGCGCCGUCGGGUACGCCCCGCUACCUGCGUCGGCGUCCGGCAAAGAGGCGUGGAGGAUCGACCCGUCCAAGGUCACCGUGACCUUCACGCCUCCGGCGCUCGCCAGCGAGCGGGGCCAGGACGGCUACGAGGCCAUGGUGGUGCUCAAGGACGGCACGCCCCAGCCGGUCGACGAGGAAAAGGCGGCCAGGCUGCUGGCGUUGGAAGACAUCUGCAUCGAGGUGGACCUCCAGGGCGGCAGCGGCGCGGCCGCCGCUUCGGCCCGCGAAGAGGCCACCUACUGGACCUGCGAUCUCAGCAAGGAAUACGUGGCGAUCAACGGAGACUACCGCUCGUAG